AUGGCCGUGUGGUCUCCGUGGAGUCUGCUUCUCUGGGAAGCACUGCUUCCCAUGGUCAUCGCCAGUGCCCAAGUGCAGGGCCAGGUGGGCGGCUCGGCGCUGCUGGUGGCAGAUCACCCUCCCGGUUUCCAAGUCCGAGAGGCCAUCUGGAGAUCCCUCUGGCCUUCAGAGGAGCUCCUGGCCACGUUCUUCCGGGGCUCCCCAGAGACGCUAUACCACUCCCGCUUCCUGGGCCGAGCCCAGCUGCACAGCAACCUCAGCCUGGAACUGCGGCCACUGGAGUCUGGAGACAGCGGCAACUUCUCCGUGCUGCUGGUGGACAAGCAAGGUCGGGCCCGGACCCAGACCCUGCAGCUCAAAGUGUACGAUGCAGUGCCCAGGCCCGUGGUCAAAGUGUUCAUCGCUGUAUCAGGGGAUGCUCAGCCCCCCAAGACCUGCCAAGUGUUCCUGUCCUGCUGGGCUCCCAACAUCAGCGACAUAACCUAUAGCUGGCGACGGGAGGGAACUGUGGACCUUGGUAUGGAGCCAGCUGGCCUCUUCACGGAUGGACAGGUGCUGAGUGUGUCCCUGGGACCAGGAGACAAAGGCGUAGCCUAUUCCUGCAUUGUCUCCAACCCCGUCAGCUGGGACCUAGCCACAGUCACCCCCUGGGAGAGCUGCCAUCGCCAGGCAGCUCCAGGGAGGGCCUCCUACAAAGACGUGCUGCUGGUGGUGGUGCCUGUCUUGCUGCUCCUGAUCCUGGCUGCUCUGUCUGCCUGGCACUGGGGCCCCUGGUCAGGGAAAAAGAAAAAGGAUGUCUGUGUUGAUGAAGUGGAUCAAGAGACAGAGAGCCCCCUCGUGUAG